CUAGCGGGCCUUGCUCAGUUGGUAUACCGAUCGACUGUUGAAAUGUAGACCCAAGCAUCGAAUCCAAAUGCAAUGGGAUGAGCAGAAUUAACAAAAACAAAAGAGGAACGGGAAAGAAAUCAUUAUUUUUUUAGAUGAUCUCUACCUGAACCCCAAUAAACCCAGAUUAUACCGGCACAAAAAUACCUCUGCCAAUGGGCGAUCCUAAAAUAACUGGUAGGAGGACGCAGUUGGGGAUCCAAUAUUUCCGAAGAGCGCGGAUUGAAAGAGGAGGAGGGGGCGAGGGGGGGGGAUGCGAUAAGGAUGAUGUGCGAUCGAGAGGAGGAGAGGAGGUCAGGAUGUCAGCCAAUCAGGGUGAGGAUGUAGGGAUCAUGAGGGGCGAUCGGGAUGAUGUGGGAACGAGAGGAGGAGGAGGAGGAGGAGGCGGGAUUGACAAGGAAGUUGAAACAGGGAAAUCGACGAGCAACGAGCUCAUUGAUCGCUCGGGGAGCAGAGGAUGGGCGGUCAACAGCCAGUACGUGGUCACGUCAGAUUGUCCUAUCUUAGCGCAGCUUCUGGGUUGCCUUCUGUUGCUUGUGUUGCACAGUCCUGGGCUUUUCUGGCUCCUCAGCAGUCCCUGGUCUAGUCAGGAGGAUAGGAAGGAGGAAGACGAAGGAGGAGGAGGAGGAGGAGGAGGAGAAUUUGCCGAUCUCGGUGAAGGAACGGGAAGCAUAGUUGUGGGAGAUAUGGCGGAAUCGGCGGGAAUGAUGUUGGGACUUAGCUUCGGACUGGGAGUCGUUGUGGGACUGGGUCUAGGGCUGCGUCUGGCUCCAGCGUCGGGAUCGGGAUACCAGGCGUGGCUGUUGCUGCAGCAGCAAAAGCUGUUGGAGAAGGAGGCUAGCGGUGCUGACGGAAUGGCUGGACGCAACGGGUACCACCUUCAGAAGCAGGACCAGCAGGGGGGGUUGUGUCCAAGGUGCUCGGUGUCGUCUAUCACCUCGGCUAGUGUAGAAGGGUCCUUCGACGGGUCGGCGGCAGCUUAUCAGUCGUUCAGCGAUAGGUCAGUGGACGCGCUUCUGCUUGAUGACCCGCCGGAAUUUGACCUGCGGGCAGAGAGGAGGAGGUGGAGCAUCAACCCUCUGUUUGUUCAGGCUCCAAUGGCAGCCCCAGGAGCAGCACCAGAAGGGGGAGGAGGAGGAGCAGGGGGAGGUGACGUGGACUGUCGAGAACGCCCCUCAGAUUGCAGAACGGCAGAAGAGGGAGAUGACAAUUUGCAGAAGGAGAGAAGCCACAGGCAGCAGCAGCAGCAGCAGCAGCAGCGACUUGCUGGAGAUAUAGAGAGAGAAAGAGGCUUUGAGGCUGCGACGGCUGCUGCUCCUCCACCCUCCCAGGAAUCACCGACAGUGAUUCUCCGCAGGCUAAAUAUGAUCAUCAAGCAGGUAGAGACCACAUUACAGCGAGCGGAUAUGGAGCUGGAGGCCUUGAAGAAGUCGCUACCUCGCCGGCUCUGUCCCCCUCUUCGGGGGUUCUCCCCUGAGCUCUUGGCAAGCAUAAGGGCCGCUUUCCUCCCAAAGCUCUUGAUUGUGGACAUUAACGGAUUCCUGGUGCACCGCUGCUUCAAGAAGGAGUACAACAGUCGGUUAAGCUGUGGUUCAAGAGUCAAGUUUUUCAGGCCUCCAGACGGAGCUGUGGGGCAGUUCUAUAUCUGGGAGCGAGCGCAUAGCCGAGACUUCAUCCGGUGGGCACAGGCAAAUUUUGCAGUUGGGAUUUGGAGCUCUGCUCUGCAGCGGAAUGUUCAUGGGUUGUUGGAACACUUGCUGGGAGAAAAUGCAGAAGAGUCUUUCACCUUUGUAUGGGAUCAGAGCUUGUGCACUGGAUCUGGUUUAAGACACCCGGAAAAUCGGCACAAAGCCAUCUACUUCAAGGAGCUGUCAAAAGUAUGGGCAUGUGAAGAGCUUAUCACCCUCUACAAUGAGACCAACACACUUUUGGUGGAUGAAUGCGCUUACAAGGUCAUCAAGAAUCCACCUUACACGUCAAUUCACCCUCCCGAGUAUGUAGGAAACGACAAAGGAGAUAACGCCCUCGGUGAAGGGGGGUUGAUCAGGGAGGAAUUGAAGAGGUUCCAGGGGGCGUCAUCUGUUCAGUCAUUUGCUAGAGCAUCCCCUUUGGCGUUGACGGCUGGUAAGCUGACAGACCUUUCUGCCCAGCUUGCACGAGCGCAAAUUGCCCUUCUUGAGGAGCAGUGCAACAGCUCUCGCACCACGAGUGAAGGAACCAUAACCCCAGAGUCUUCGCAGGAGGGAAGCUGUGUGACCUCCACAAAUGGCAGCUCCAGAAGCACGAGCAAGCCGGGAACGCCAAGGCACCAGUUGAAGCGUAGAAGCAGCUUGGACGGAUCGCUACCACCUUUUCGAGCGGGAGGAGUGCUACGGAGGUUAUCUUUGAAGGAGACAAACAUACCCACCCGAUCCGUGACGCAGCCAAGGUCACCUGGCAGCAAGGCCCGAGCUCCCGCCAAGCUGAAGGAUGCUGGCAGCCCUUUUGUAUGAUAGGUAUAGUUUCUUUUCCACUCUAGUCCACAUUCAAUUGAGAAUCACCACCAGUUCCUUCCGCUUCCUUUGGUCCUUGUCCUCUCUGCUUUCUGUCGGUGUGGCUGCACUGCUGAUGGUGAUGAUGUAUGCGGAAGUCGAAGAACUUCGGCUUAGUUUCUCGUUCCUCCCUGGAGCAUAGUUCCAUGCUGUCAGCUCUCGUACGUACGUGCCUCGCUUCCUAUUUAAUAUGCAACUGCAACGCAGCGAGAGGCAGGCAUUCCAGUCAUGUGCAGCUAUCAGAAAACAAUGUGUGGAGGGUGGACCGCAUGUGCCCCAUGCCUGAGAGGAUGAAGGUCUCUGGUAAACCAUUGAGGGGUUCGUUCUCUCGUAAAGGGACCAGCUCAGCCAGUCACCAGUUUCAGGAUGGUUAGCGACCUGCCAACUCUGCCGGUCGAUCGUAUCCCCCUCUUGUCGGCAUUACGUUUCCAUUCUCAUCCUCAUUUGCGGUCUAAGAAGUCCUCGGAGUGUUCUGCAUCCCCUUUCCUCGUAUCAUGUAAUGUGCAGGGUGCUGCUCUGUGCUUGGGAUAUUAUUCGCACUGACUGCUUACGCUCAACGAGUUCCCCAAAGCACCAGACUUCAUAUGGCAGCGUAGAGCAGCGGAGAUGAUGUACAGCAGCAUGGUGAAGACGAAGGGCGGCAAAGUUUGAUAGAUCUUUUGCUGUUAUUCUCGAUGAGCUUCUCUCCGUGCCCUACCUACUGAUUGAUUUGCUCCUUGAGGUGCAGGCCCUGGCAGGCAGCUGGGCAGCGGGUUUUGUCGUUCAUUAGGAUCUCUCUCCUUCUUUUUUUUCCCUCUCUAUCUAUCUGUCUGCUUCUUUGUCAGGGGAUGAUCACUUCUUCAUGCUCCCUUUUCUUCUCUUCUCUGUAAACGUGUAUUAGAACCCCUAGAACACAGCCUAUGCUAUUUUUAGCUACCUUCCUGCACUUAGCGCUGGUUGGGGAUAGCACUCGUGGGGGGUAUAUGUUUCGCGUCACGGCACACUCACACUAGGAAUAUUUCGACUGGGCUCUGGACGUGACCAGCGUCAGAUGCGUCCAUAUAGAGCGCCGUGAGAUACAGUCAGGAAAGUGCUCGUGUGGGUAUGACCUCAGUGAGUUAUUUGCAGUCACAUAUAGAGCUUGGGAGAAAGGGAGGUAAUGGGAUGUUUCCGGUUCUUCUUGGCCAGGUCGUUGGCGAUGUGUCAGUUGUUCUGACACUCUCCUCCGUUACAUUUGUUGCAGAAGUUGGCCUUUUUCUAUUUCUUAAAUUCUUAGUAAUUUGUUUUACCCAAAAGCGAUGGAGCGCGUGUAGUAUAAAAUGUCUCUUCUCGCCUCUCAUGGAACUUGCGAUAGAUCGAUGCCAUAAUGGAAGGAAGUGGCCACGAACGAGCAGCUUGUCCCAAGCUUCUGGCAUGUUUUUACCUGUCAAGCGCAACCUAGCAAGCUUGGUAUCAUCACAGAUAGCGAGCCCACACGGCCACUCAGCGCUGUAGUUUUUUUUACCCUUUCAUCAGUGACUGCAUCAAUUUGGCUGCUGCUGCUCGGAUGCCUGUCCGCUCACAAGCCUGAGCCCACAAAUUACAGCGAACAAGCAAGCGAACAGCAAGUGGAAGUGGAAUCGCACAAAGAGAAGGGUAGCAUGUUACUUCCUCCCAACAAGAGCAGAGGGUCUGUGUGAGGAAGGGUGGAGGCUCUGUCAGCACUGCAGAGACAUUUUUAGCAGAGACAUUGGUGGUCGUCCUCACAGUUGCAUCGAGGAUGUGGUAAGGGCAUCACACAUUCCGGUAAAUGAGUGGCGUUAUGUUGUGCCAAAUUCAAUCAAUCAACGCUCGCUCAGAGU